UAUUCAUAUAGUUGACAGGAAUGUGCACUACAUAGUGCGCAACGUUGUUGCUAUGGACUUGAAGAGCUUCACGCCUACAAAUGGCGUCGUGCUUCCGCAAAGAUCUUUGCCACGCACAAAAUGCAUUCCACGUCUGAUUCAGACUGGUUCGACCCGAAAGCGAUCAACAUGUUUUUCACCUGCAACUAUUGUUCUUUGCUUGGCAGUCGGAGCACGUGGCAGACCUCAGCGUGCACAAAGAAGUGCAGUGUGUUUAAUGAGUAUCCGAGAUGCACGUGAAGCUAUUAGAGAUUGUCUCAGGGAGAAUCGUACGAUGCCGGUAUUACAGGCUCUACCCGAGGAUUCUUUGCAACAAAUCCUGGAUACAAUGACCAGAAUGGAACUGAAGGCUGGCGAGCAUAUCUUCCGCAAGGGCGAACCUGUGGAUGCUGUUUAUGUCGUCGAGUCGGGAGAGCUGAGCGUGGUAAAGCCAUUAAGGCAAGGGGAGGAGGAAGAGGCGUUUGAAGCCACAACUUUGGGGCCUGGCUCUUACAUUGGAGAGCUUGGACUCUUCUAUGACCGUACCUGCAUGGAAAAUGUCUCGGUGCGCGGUGACAAAGCAACUCUUUGGCAACUCAAAAGGACAGAUUUCUUUGAGAUCAUUGACCGCUUGGAGGAAGAGAUUGGCGGGGAGUGUCAGAUGCCAGAGGAGAUAUUGGACAGAGAGCCAGCUUCUGUGUUCGUUGUCUCAGAUGGCUCUGGCUAUUCUGCUGGUGGUGCAGUCAACCUGGCACUGAAACAAUUUGAGAACCAAGCAAACAAGAAUUGCGAGACGGUGAAUGUCACAAGCUUUCCCUACAUUCGAUACAAAGGUGAAAUAUCACAAGUGGCCAAGAGAGCUCGACAAGAGAAUGCGCUCAUCGUCUACACUUUGAUGCGAAAAGAACCGCGUCAGGCGAUGCUUGAAGAGCUGGAAAGGCCUUUAAAAGAAGGUGAGAAUCCGCUCCGAGCAGUUGACCUUUGGGAGCCAUUAUUGCUGUCAAUGGAGGAUCUACUUGGCAUUCCCCGAAAUUCAGAGGCAGA